UGGGGUCCUUUUCAACCCAGGCCAUUCUAUGUUUCUAUGUUUUAGAAACUCACUGACCAGCAAGUGUUUCCUAGUACCAAGGUUCCUCAGCUUCCUUCUGUCCUCUGAGUAGCUGGAGCUUGUAUUGGCAUGGUGAAGUUAAUGGACAAAGUUUCCACAUUUCCUUUGCUCAGUGCUGCUUACCUUUGUGACAGCUUCUCGUUCUCCCCCAUCUGUUGCCCUUGCUUGUACAGAGCAAUCAAAUAAAAAAGGUCUUAUGCUGUUGUCAAAAAUUCAGAGUCUUAUUUGCACAAAUAUUUGCCAAGCUUUCCUUCAGGCUGUUUACUCAGUAUUUGUUAAAUAAGAGAAGUAAUGGUUAUUUCAGGAGCAGCGUGCAAACUCUUUGCAAAGGUACUGCAAUUCUGCUAUGGAAAUGAAGAUCCCAUUUGCUCCAGUGCAUGCUCAUUAUUUUAUUAGCAGAUGUCACUCACUCAGAUGGUCCUUUUGUUUCAGGGUUGGUGUUAUGAAACAAUAUGCUUUGAGCUAAUCACUAUUGGAAAGGAGAAGUUUGCUUCACAGUCAAUGACUUUGAUGCCUUGGGUCGUUCAUGUACGGAUCUGCCUCUGUCUUGCCUUGAUUGACAAGACCCUUUCUAUAAAUUUGUGCAAUUAAGCAGCCUCGUAGCAGCUGCUAAAGAGAUCCAGUCAGCACAAACCUGACAAAAAUUGCUGUGCAGAUCUCUUGCUGCUCACUCUGACAUCCUGAAACACCAUCUGCAAUUUAAAGCUGCAGAAGGAGAUCUGACUCCAACAAGUUGGCAUGAAGCUCCCGUGUGUGACCCUGGGUGCUCUGCUCCUCCUGCUGCCAGCCGGCCACGGAGGCACAGAGUCCUCUGCCAUCGACCUGCGCACCUUCAUCGGCUGCGCCGUGCGUGAGUUCACCUUCCUGGCCAAGAAGCCUGGCUGCAAGGCGCUGCGGAUCACGACGGAUGCGUGCUGGGGACGCUGCGAGACCUGGGAGAGGCCACUACUGGAGCCGCCUUACAUUGAAUCUUACCACCGUGUCUGCACCUACAAUGAGACGAAGCUGGUGACAGUGAUGCUGCCCAAGUGUGCCCCUGGCGUGGAUCCCUUCUACACCUACCCAGUCGCCAUUCGCUGCGACUGUGACUUCUGCUCUACAGCCACCACCGAGUGUGAGACUGCCUGAGCUCUCCUACCCCAGGUCAAGUUCCUCCCUGGCUCUACACCCCUGCUAUCUCAUGGAGGGUGUGGGUCAGCCCAGAAUUUGGUCUCACCAUCUAAUGCUCCUAACCACUGAUUUUUCUGGGCAGACGAGGUUUAAUUUCCUCUUCCCUUGCUGUAGAAAUGUAGAAAACACCUUACAAUAGCAAAUCCUAUGGAAGAAAAGUUGAUGCUGUUUCUCUUCCUUCCAGGCUUUACACAGCGUGUGACCUUUCUUCAUGCACAAAGUGCACAUGGACUGAACAGUUACAGAGGGGCUGGAAAUAGGCCACAAAGGCAUUACAGCCUGUAGACCAGCCUCUUUAUUCGUUUUAGGUUUUAGCACCUUCCCAGUAAUGUAAGAGUGAUUACCAACAUUUCCCCCUCUUGCCCCUUCUGCUCUUCUUCCACUGAGGUCUGUCAAGAAUAUCUGUCAAAGAGAAGGCCAUAGAGCCAAUAAAAUGGAAAUGGGUAUCAAAUCACCACCUUGAAAUUAGGGUGAGUACAUCCUAAGCCCUGACAUGGCCAAGUACUUGAGCUCAUGGCUAAGUAUUUUGAUUAAUAUCAGUAGACUUACAGUUAAGUGCAUAUUUCAGUGAUUUGCUUAAAUGGAGCUCUUCUGCUGAAAAAAAUCUUGCCUUACAAGAGAUGAUUUCUUAAAAAAACAGAAAGAAGCACAUUAAGUGUGCAUUUCUUCCCAUCCCGCUUUUGUCCAGGAUUACCCAAGAAAAGAAUUGGCUUCAUGUAAAACCAGAGAGGCUCUGCACAACCCAAAGAGCCUCUCUUGACAAUUUCCAGAGUUAGAGGGACCAGGCCAAAAUGCAGUGCUCGUGGUUCAGUUUCAGCAAGCCUUGGCCAAGGUGUUGGGAAAGAGGGGGCUAUGAGGGGUAUUCCCACACUUCCCUGCACUGCUCAGCUGCACAGGGACUUGCUCCUCAGGAAAGAGAUGCACAGAGGGCAGCCAGAAGUGCUCAUGGGAGAGCUGAGGAGUUUUCUGAUGGCCAAUAAUGCAGCCAGCAUGAGUGGGACAGGCCCAGGGCAGGGAAGGCAACAGGCAUGCCAAAGGUUGAUUCACACCUCUUCAGACCCGAUGUUUAUGGACUGGGGGACUCAUGGGAGCUGCUGUAGCAUCCCCCCUCAAGUGAACACAGCUGUUUAAAUGCCUUUGUCCUCUGGCUCCCACCUGGAGGAGGACAGAUCCACGUUCAUCCCUCAUUUCUGCCCCCCCCUGAACAAAAUAGGAAAUGAUGUGAAAGCGUCAAAAUUUGGCCAAAUGCAAGAGACUCACAGGAGCUUACAAAUAAAGACAGCUUCUCAGAUAGCCAUUAGGAGAGAACUGCUGCUGAGAGAAUGUCAGCACCUGCCUUCCCCUCUGAUUAAGUGUCUUCUGGAUGCAGUUCCUCUGUUCCCACGGUUGCAUGCCUGAAACUUCCCCAAGUGUCCUAUCCUCACGGAGACAGAUCUUUUUGUUUUUAAUUUGAACUGCAAUGUAUUAGUUGCUGUCAUAUUUUGUUGGUGGAAUUGUGAAAGCUGCACUGCGGCUGAGUAGAAAGGAGAACAUUUUAUCAUCUGCCUUCAGUAGUUCUGAAUUCCGUGUCAAACAGCAGCAGGAGCAGUUUUCUGGUGAUGGAGAGUUUAACUGCCUUAAAAAAGUCCUUCUGUUUUCUUUCAAACUGCAACUCACAGUCUCUCUAAUCUCAUUACUGUUCUAAGCAGCAUCACAACUACUAUGGGAAACAUACAAAUUAUUUUAUGUCCUUAAUAAA